AAGGAAGAGAGAGGCACAGUCAGAAGCGGGGAGCAGCGCAGGCAGUGUGGCGGGCGAUGCGAGCGGCGGUAGCUGGCAACUGGCGGCAUACGUGUGGGAGGCAGAUAGCCCUGCCCUGCCUCACAUCAGUCGGUCGCUAAGCUAGAUACUGUGUGUAGCUCACCACUCGGCGUCCUCAUCACCAGCACGAUGGACGAAAACACACAAGACGAUUAUUACCCGGACACAGCAGCAGCGACCGCUAUUACCUUCUCCCCAGAAAUCAACACGGAUGAUGACAUCGUUCCCGUUUACUCUCCACAACACCGUUCACAAUUGUACCUGAGCAAUAACCCACCGACUGUCUCUCAUGACCGAGUUCAAGAUUAUGACCCAUACUACCCUACUGGUCACUCGAUACCCAGCCAGCACCCUAACGUGACUGGGGCGAGAGACACAGGAAGAUACCGGCCUCAGACCCCUGUAACUAUGGCAGAGAGCUCAUCGCCACACCUGUUGCAGCCGCCCUACUUCCAAGGUCACCCCCGCCUUGGCAUGGAGCAGAGGGCCGGGGGGGUCAGACUUCCCUCUCCCAACAACCGCCAGCCUCCAGAGGGCGGGCGAAGGUCCGGGCGAAGGUCCCUUCGAGCCCGCGCCGCCCAACGCCAGCGCGGGCAGCAGCAGGGGCGUGGCGAGGAGGCCCCCUUCCCCCGCCACCAAAGGGACACUGAUAGACUCACUGCCGAUAGACUCACUGACUCCUAUUUCACAUAUAAAUCAGACUGGCAAAAGUGACUCUCUCUCUCUCUCUCUCUCUCUCUCUCUCUCUCUCUCUCUCUCUCUCUCUCUCUCUCUCUCAGGGGGGGGUGGACAAUCGUGCAAGAUAAACACCUCCCCUUGUCUUGAUCUCUCACCCCUCAAAGCACACACACACACACACCUUUCUCUCUCCUCUUACACUAUAUUAUCAUUAAGACGCCUAUGGAAUCCGCCAGAAGGAACCCCACGAAACACAAGGACGGCUCCACAUACAAAGUUGACAAUAAUCAUUAGACUAAGACCGGCAGUGCCUUCAUGGGAGGGUGUGCGCGUGUGCCCGUUGAGUCGCGGAGGUGAGGAUGAUCCUCGGCGUCCUGCGGCAGGCGUGGGCAGAGCGCGGUGCUAUGGGGCUGUUACUACACAACUGUUACUGUGUUAGCGUGGCUGUGCCGGGGGGGAGGGGGGGGAGGUUCCCGCGUGCUAGAAAUGUCGUAAAGCUUUAGUGUUAGUUUCACUCAGUUUUUCGUUAUAGUAUUCAAGAUUGCACCCAUCAUUCGUUUUCUCAUUUUUUCAAGAGUUCAUCAAACCAAUCAAUUUAUUAGCCAGGAAUACUUUUAAAGUUCAUUUUGACAAAUCAUAUAUUACAGUAUUUUUUUAAAUAUUAACGAGAUCAACUUUUAUAUGCACUAUCAAGUUAUGUAUCCAAAAUAAAACAAAUACAUAUUUAGCAAAAUUACUGAGUUCGUUAUCAAUAUUAUUAUCUUGUGUAAGUCUAUAAAUGUAGACAUACUUAGAGAUUUUGUAUUGAUUUUUAUCAAUAAAACGAAAAUUUAA